GCAUGCGCAGUGCACUUUCCAGAAGUUCCGACUCCGGGACAAGUUUUGCGGUUCAUUGAUGGUUUCGGUCCAGGAGGAGGACAGUUCGUGUCCACGGUGACAGGUCCCGGAUCAGCUACUGUGUGCGGCAGAGCAGUGAUGUGGAAUGGAUACCACGGAAAAGCCCACACAUGAUGACCUCAGCCUAAUAAAGGUGAAAGCAGAAACAAAGUGUGUCUUGGAAGCCUUUUUAAAAAGAUCCUUGAAUCAGGAGGAGGGAAGACAUCUAGGACAUGUGGGGCGCACAUACCAUGACCCUAAGAAGUAUUCUCACAGGGUGAGCCAUGAUGAAAGUAAAGAAUUGUUUCCAAAGAAAACAAAAAAGUCAGAUCGAAAAAGAAGCAAGGAGUCUCAAAAGGAUGAAAGAAGCAGGAGCCCAACAUUUGGUGAGCAGUCAACUUGGGGGAAUCAUGGUACCUGGAAUUCCAUACACGAAGAUAUCAAUCGGGUAGAGGAGACAAAGCAUGGUUUCAAAACUAACAUUAAGAAGCUGCUGAAGAAAAAUAGCCAAACCAAGGAGAAGUCUGGAACACCAAAAGAAAGGAAUGGAAGUAUUCACAGUAAAUCCAGAGACUCUAUUGAUUCCAUACUCGAACAUCAUGGGAAAGGUGCGGCCAAAGGGGAUUCCUGGAAACGUCCCAAGUCACCUAACCCCUUACUUGCCUGUACUGUGGGGUCCUCUACAGUUUCUUUGCCAAAAGAAUUGCAGUAUGAAAUGGACUCUCAUGAGAAGCACUUGCCAAAUGGAACAUCAAAAAAGCUAAGUCGUUCCUUCUCCAUGAAAAGACUGUUUAAGAAGAAAACACACAAAGAAGCUCCUGUGGGUACAGACUCCAAGCCUACCAGGCCUGACUUUCUACCUGUGAAAUCCUGUUAUGAGGAACAUCCUGCUCAGGAAACUGGGAGACUUGAAGACUCUGAGAUUUUCUCCUUGGCUGCACAGAAGCUGGAGACCUUGCUCAAACACAAAAAGCUGAAGAGUCCCCUGGAGCCCCCGAAGAUUAGUGUUGCUUCUCCAGUAUUCAAUGUAGAAGUGACAGACAACAAUAAUGUGACAGUUUGCGAGGUGCCGGACGUCGAGGACAAGGACGAAGUGAUACGUAAGAUAGUGGCCCUUCUGCAGGAACAGGCUGUAGUUAUCAAUGAAAAGAUCAAUAAGGAUCCCUUCCUCAGGAAUGCCCUCAGCAGGAUGUCCUAUGGGAGCUUCUUCCGUCUUGCAGAAGUUUUCACAAGUGAGGCCGAGGUCGAAAAGGAUGAAGCCGGCUCAAAUGUGAGCUCCGAACUGACAAAGAUUGCCCUGACGAUGGAGCUGACCAGGAAGGUGGCCGGGAUCAACAGCCAUGCCGUCCACACCCUAAUGGGCUACAGCCUUCAAUACAUGGACAUGUUUGUUCCCUGGCUGCAGGAGCAAGGAGGCUGGGAAAAAAUAGUGUCCCAUGGAGAUAUCGACUAAUGUGACCAAAUCCCUGAACUACCUCACAUGACCUGUUAUCCCAGCCUGGGCAGACCCGAAACCUCACUAAGGACACGAAGCAAAGACCCUGUCAACAUGGCUGAUCUCCCCCUCGCCUUACAAUACCUCAGGGAGCCAAAUCCUCCAAACGCCGCCUUGUGACUAUUUAUGAAUGAUUUUUUACUUUUUAAAAUCGAGACUUUUUUAUAUCAUUGGCAUCUGCAGGCACGUGCCAUUGCCUUAUUUUAUCCUCUGCCCACCUACACUCUCGGGGGGGACUUUUAUUGACUCGUGGAUGACUUCAUGAGGGGUGCAUUUUGCCACUAAGUGUAAGACUUGAAUGGUUAUAUAUACUGACCAGUCCUGCGGCCUCAGGGCAGCCAUAAUGGGCAGUGAUCCUGUCGGCGGGCACACAUGGG